CCACCACCAUCGACUUAAUCAGUAGUCGUUGUUCAAUCGACCUCACCAGAAGCACGAAACCUCGAGCUCUCGAGAGUGGGAGCGCCCAAAAAAAAAAAAAUGCAUUUCUUAACAGUUUUCACCCUGACGCUGUGCGGUGCACUGACCGUCGCGCGCGGCUGUGAUGUACCGCUGGCGCACUACAAAACGAUGCACUGCCAGCCGGUCGGCAACCGUCCGGACGGUUGCCCGGAAAGGUACGACUGCCCCUCGAUAACGGCGCACGACAGCAGCAAGUGUUACUUUAAUGGCAAAACGUACGACAUCGAUCAGCCCGUGCCGGACGCGGAGGUGUCCCAGUUUUGCUCUGCCGCCUGCUACUGCCGAUCCGCUAAUCCGAUUGCUAAAUUCCGCUGCGUGCACGUGGACUGUGCGGAGUUUUUCAAGCGGUUCGAUUACGACAACUGCGUGCGCCAGUACAGCCCGCAGAGCUGCUGCUCGACCGGUACGGUGUGCGGGGAGGAGCGCAAGAAGCUGGCGACGUGCGAGCUGGAGAGCGAAAUCUACCGGGAAGGCCAACGUAUGCGCUUCAAGGGUAACCAGUGCCGGACGUGCAUCUGUACCGCCGGGUUUAAUGCGACCGCGAUCGAGCAGGAUCCGAACUGCGUGGAGACGGUGUGCGGGUUCGAGCUGUUCGAGGAGAAGCAGGUGUAUGGCGGUGGCAUCCCGGUGUACAAGCCGGACGGCUGCUGCCCAUGGGAGUGGCGAAUGCCAAAACAAACGGAUACCGUUGUGAAGGGCACCGGCAGUAAGCCGGCCACUGAUCCGAAGCUACAGUGCAAGUACGGCAGCCUCACGCUCGAUGUGGGAGACUCGCUCGACAUACAGCAGAGGGCCGAGGGACAGAAGUUGUCCUGCAGCUGCCAGGUGCCACCGUUAAUGCACUGCAUGCUGAACUAAAGGACGUCCAACACGAGUGAAAAUAUACAAUCAAUAACCAUUAUCAAGCUAAAAGCGUGCAUACAGAGUUUUCCAGGGGUUCUCAUAGCUGUGGGGCACUUUGUUGCGUCCUUGAAAUGAAUCUAAUGUGAAUUGGAAUCUAUGGCACCCUUGUUAGACAAAUCCAAUAGGAAUUUUCAAGGAGCCAUAUGAAGUUCACUUCCCAGAAGAAAAAGUCUAGGAAGUGUCCCACAGCUAUGAGAACUCAUGGAAAACCCUAUAAAACCGCCAUGCAUUUGUCAUGCGAUCGUUUUUAAAGCUUUUUAUUCAGUAAUAAUUGUAAUAAAUGUCACAUAUCACGCUCAA